AAGCGAAGCAGCGAAGGGAAGGGAAGGGAAGGGAGCUCCCAGCGGCUGGAGUCCAGGGCAGUGGGGGGACGGGGCGCGGAGGGGCAGACUCGGAGUUCCGGCCAUGGUCCCGGGGCGGCCCGCCGGGGUCUAGGGGGCCGGAGCGGGGGAGCCUGGGGGCUGCACGUCGGGGGGCUGGGUCGGCGCGGGGGCAGCGAUGCGCCAGUGACGCCAUGCGGUGGGCGCUGGUGGUGCUGUGCGGGCUCCUGUGCCAGCUGGGCGGGUCGCGGGGCCAAGGGGCCAACCUGACGCUGGCCGUGCUGCUGCCAAAGCAAAACAUGACCUACCCGUGGGCCUGGCCCCGCGUGGGCCCCGCCAUCUGGCUGGCCAUCGACCGGAUCAACCGGCAGCCGGACCUGCUGCCGGGCCACACGGUGCGCUGGGUGUUCGGCAACAGCGAGGACAGGUACGGCGUCUGCUCCGACCGGGACGCCCCCGUGGCCGCCGUCGACCUCAAGCUGACCCACAACCCCGACGCCUUCAUCGGCCCCGGCUGCGUCUACACCUCGGCGCCCGUGGCCCGCCUGACCAGCCACUGGAAGCUGCCGCUGGUGACGGCCGGGGCGGAGGCCCACGGCUUCGACAACAAGGACAUGUAUGCCCUGACCACGCGGGCCGGGCUCAGCCACCGCAAGCUGGGCGAGUACGCCGUGAAACUGCAACGCCACUUCAACUGGACCCAGCGCGCCGCGCUGGUCUACUCGGACGAGAAGAUGGACGACCGGCCCUGCUUCUUCGCCAUCGAAGGGCUGUACAUGCAGCUGCCCACCGUCCGCAACCUCACCGUGCGGGACAUCCCCUUCAAGGACCGAGACCAGGACAACUACACCGCCCUUAUCCAGGAUAUCAAGCAGAAGGGCAGAAUCGUGUACAUUUGCUGCUCCCCGGACACCUUCCGCCAGUUCCUGCUGCAGGCCCGGCAUGAGGGGCUCACGCAGGGGGAUUACGCCUUCUUCUACAUCGACAUCUUCGGGGCCAGCCUGCAGGGCUCCCGCUUCCCCGACCCCCAGAGGCCCUGGAGACGCGGGGACAAGGACGACGCCAACGCCAGGGAGGCCUUUAAGGCAGUGAUGAUUAUCACCUGCAAGGAGCCCGAGAACCCCGAGUACCAGCCCUUCCUGGAGCAGCUCAAGCAGGAGACCCGCACCCACUUCAACGUCACCCUGCAGGACGGCCUGAUGAACUACAUCGCGGCGGCCUUCCACGACGGGGUGCUGCUGUACGCCCGGGCCGUGAACGAGACCCUCCAGCAGGGCGGCACCGUCCGGAACGCCAGCGCCAUCACCCACCACAUGUGGAACCGCACUUUCUACGGAGUCACUGGCUUCCUGAAGAUUGAUGAGAACGGAGACCGGGAGAGCGACUAUUCGCUGUGGGACAUGGACCCCACGUCGGGCACGUUCCAGAUCAUCUACAACUACAAUGGCACCACCAAGAAGAUGAGGGCGGUGCCCGGGCGUGAGAUCCACUGGCCGGGGAAAGGCGUGCCCAGGGACGUCCCGCCCUGCGGCUUCGACAACAGCAACCCCCUGUGCCGCAAAGCCAGCUUAACCACCCUGGAGAUCCUCUCUGUCAUGGUGAGCCUCAUCCUGCUGAUUAUCACCGUCACCUCCUUCUUCAUCUACAGGAAGCUGAAUCUGGAGAAGGAGCUGGCGGCCGAGCUGUGGCGUGUGUGCUGGGAGGACGUCCAGUCCAGCAGCCUGGAGAAACACCUCCGCAGCACCGGGAGCAAACUGACCCUGUCCCUGAGAGGCUCCAACUACGGCUCCCUGCUGACCACGGAGGGGCAGUUCCAGGUCUACGCCAAGACGGCCUAUUACAAGGGGAACAUCGUGGCGGUGAAGCACGUCAAUCGGAAGAGAAUCGAGCUGACGCGGAAGGUGCUGUUUGAGCUGAAACACAUGAGGGACGUCCAGAAUGAACACCUGACCCGCUUCGUCGGAGCCUGCACGGACCCCCCGAACAUCUGCAUCCUGACGGAGUACUGCCCACGCGGGAGCCUCCAGGACAUCCUGGAGAACGAGAGCAUCACGCUGGACUGGAUGUUCCGGUACUCGCUCACCACUGACAUCGUCAAGGGGAUGCUGUUCCUGCACAACGGGGUGAUCGUCUCCCAUGGCAACCUCAAGUCCUCCAACUGCGUGGUGGACAGUCGCUUCGUGCUCAAGAUCACGGACUACGGGCUGGAGAGCUUCCGCCUGGCCCCCGACUCCGACGACUCCCACGCGCUCUUCGCCAAGAAGCUGUGGACGGCGCCCGAGCUGCUGCGCAUGGAGGUGCCCCUGGCCCGGGGCACCCAGAAGGGCGACGUAUACAGCUUUGGGAUCAUCCUGCAGGAGAUAGCCCUGCGCAACGGGGUCUUCUACGUGGAGGGGCUGGACCUGAGCCCCAAAGAGAUCAUCGAGCGGGUGCAGAGCGGCGAGCGCCCCUACUUCCGGCCAUCCGUGAACGUGGCCUGCCACAUCGAGGAGCUGGGGCAGCUCAUGCAGCACUGCUGGGCCGAGGACGUGCUGGAGCGGCCGGACUUCAACCAGAUCAAGAUCCUGCUCCGCAAGUUCAACAGGGAGAACAGCAGCAACAUCCUGGACAACCUGCUGUCGCGCAUGGAGCACUACGCCAACAACCUGGAGGAGCUGGUGGAGGAGCGGACGCAGGCCUACCUGGAGGAGAAGCGCAAGGCCGAGGUCCUGCUCUACCAGAUCCUGCCCCACUCUGUGGCCGAGCAGCUGAAGCGCGGGGAGACGGUGCAGGCUGAGGCCUUCGACAACGUCACCAUCUACUUCAGCGACAUCGUGGGGUUCACAGCCCUGUCGGCAGAGAGCACCCCCAUGCAGGUUGUGACCUUGCUGAACGACCUGUACACCUGCUUCGACGCCAUCAUCGACAACUUCGACGUCUACAAGGUGGAGACGAUCGGCGAUGCCUACAUGGUGGUGUCGGGGCUGCCGGUGCGCAACGGCAAACUGCACGCGCGGGAGGUGGCCCGCAUGUCCCUGGCCCUGCUCGACGCCGUGCGCACCUUCAAGAUCCGCCACCGGCCGGACCAGCAACUCAAACUGCGCAUCGGGAUCCACAGCGGCCCGGUCUGCGCAGGGGUGGUCGGUCUGAAGAUGCCUCGCUAUUGUCUCUUUGGGGACACGGUGAACACGGCCUCACGGAUGGAGUCCAAUGGGGAAGCCCUGAAGAUCCACCUGUCGUCAGCCACCAAGAGCGUCCUGGAGGAGGUCGGCUGCUUCGAGCUGGAGCUGCGUGGGGAUGUGGAGAUGAAGGGCAAGGGCAAGAUGCAGACGUACUGGCUGCUGGGUGAGCGCUUGAGCAGCACGCGGGGCUGACCGGCUGCCUGCCUACUGAGGGACCAGCAUCCCCCUGCACGCCGGCCCGUCCUGCUUCUCCUCCGGGCAUCGGCCCCUCCCACAGAUGUAGAACUGAUCAAUGAAAUUGUUUUUAAUUCUUCACUUUAUUAAUGUAACUUCUGUUCACCAGUCACUACACUUGCCUACAUUGUAACUUCUGUUUACUGUUUGCCAUAUUGUAAUUCAAACCCCAUUUUAAAACACUCACUCCAUUUUGUAAAAGCUUCCUCCAACCUUCAGUUUUGCAAACCCUGCUGUAACCUUAUUCGUUUAGUUUAGACGUGUGACUGAGGUAUGGAUGGGUGAUGGAAUCAACCUCCAGCCCCAGCCUGUCCUGAUGAAAUAAAGUUCAAACCCCACUGGCUGAAGCUGCAGACAAGAGCCCUAACAAAGUAAGCAGAGCCCACCCUAAACAGAAAAGGUGCAAUAGAAGGAAGAUCAAAGCCAGGUCCCAGGCUGAAAGUCAGGCCUGCAAUUGAUGGGUGAUCAAUCACCAAACCCAGAGGCAGCGUGACACAGCAAGACCUACAGACUCUGGAUUCAAACUA